UGUCAUCGCGAUUGAAAAUUCGAGCAUCGUGGCCCGAUUCAGUGUCGGUACAUAUGGUGUUACAUUACUUGGUGUGGUUUCUCAGUGACACGCAUCACUCUCUCGUUGGAUAUACUAACGGCAUUCGUACACGUCUAACGAACAACGAUUAAAACAUCAUGGAUCUGGGUGACAGAGUUUACGCCGCGGAACGGAUUACGAAGAAGAGAGAAAAGCGGGGCAAAGUAGAAUACUUCGUGAAAUGGAAAGGAUGGAGCAAGAAAUACAACACGUGGGAACCGGAAGAGAACAUUUUAGACGUCAGGUUAAUCGAAUUAUACGAAGAAAGUCAAAAAGGUGGGGAUGUAACUACAAGAAGACCUAGGCGGAGGGAUACCAGAUACAAUGAACAGGUUUUAGCCAACUUAGUCGUUGAGGAAGAACCCGGUGGAGAUGAAAGGGUCGGAGAAGAUAGUCAGGACGAGUCGACUACCGGUAGCACAUCAGCUCCCCGCUUGAAUCCCGUUGCACCUGACGAAGACACGCUUCCGAGUUCUCUCGACGGGCAUGAAUCGCCCACAGUCCCGGAAUUGUCGGCAUCCGCGUUCAGUGUUGAUUCAGACAGUUCGAACAGCAGUGUAGACAGUCCUCUGUUACCGAGGAGAGAACCAACGGGUACGAAAAGGAAGGCUGAGGUUCUCAGCAAGGAAUCGGGGAAGAUCGGUGUUACCAUAACCACCAGCAGUCCUAGCAGUGGUAGCGGAAGUCCUCCUCCGAACAAAAUACCUCGGCUGUUGCCUUUGAAAAGUAAUCCAACGUCUCCCUCUUACCACAGUCACAAGAUUAACGGUAGGAGGCCGUCAUCGUCGAGCGUGAAGUCGACACCAGAGGAACCGCUGCCGGCUGUGCCGACAACACCGGCCCCAGCGGUGCAAGAGAAAAAGCGUGCAGAAGCCGACGUGCCUCACGGUCCUCCACCCUCGCUGCCGCGUGCACCACCAGCACCUCUCUCCCCCCAGAUAGACACACCUCUGGAACAGCCUACCAAAAAGAGGCACUUGUCCGAGCAAAAACAAGAGAAGUCGAACGGAGCUGUGACGGUAGACGCGAACGGUCACAAGUCACCCAGUCCUACAGACUCUUACACGAAUAACAACAGGUUACCACCCGUUGUAAAUGGACAUCAUAGUCAUAACAAUAAUAAUAAUACUAAUAAUAACAACAACAACAACAACCAUACCAAUAACAAUAACACCAGCAGCAGCAACAACAACAAUAAUAACAACAACAACAAUAAUAACAACAACGUGCCGAGUGUGAAACAAACAGAAAUAACGAAGACAGAUAUGUAUGUCCCUCUCUCGAGCCCUGGUACGGAAUACUGGCAUGCGAGGAAUCCAGUCGCCGAUCAGGUGUUCAUUACUGACGUGACGGUGAAUCUAAAGACCGUUACCAUCAGGGAGUGCAAGACUGAAAAAGGAUUCUUCCGGGAGAGGGAUCCGAAGAGCGAUAUCUAUUAACGAUCUUCGUAUAGGGACGCUUUACUGUGAAUUUAUAAUUGCCGA